AUGGAGCCGCAGAAGGAGCUGGGCCAGCGCCGCGCCGGGAGCGAAACGCAGCAGGAAGAGAAGGAGGAGGAGGAAAAAGAGAAAGAGGAGGAGGUGAAAGAGGCGGCAGAAGAGAAAGAGCAGCAGGAGGAAGGUGAAGGUAAAGCUGCCGCGGAGCCCUAUGUGCCAGGCGAGCAGUGCCCCGAGUGCGGGCAGAGCCUCCCGCCCGGCUGGCAGCCGGGGAAGCAGCAGUGCCCCCAGCCUGGCACCCAGUGCUUCAUCUGCACCCACUGCGGCCAGAGGCGCUCCAGCCUCCGGCGGCGGCAGCAGGAAGGCGCCCAGGCGGGCCCCAAGCUUGGUAUGGUGUGCGAUGAGUGUGGCCAGAGCUUUGCCAACAUCAUUGGUCUCGCGGAGCACCUCGAAAUCCAUGCUGGGAAGAAACGGUUUCCCUGUGGUGAGUGUGGCAAGAGAUUUGCCCGCAGGUCUGGUCUCAGGAGGCAUCUCAACAUCCAUACUGGGAAUAAACCGUUCUCCUGCCGUGAAUGUGGCAAGAGCUUUGCCAGCAGCACUGGUCUUACGGAGCAUCUCAACAUCCAUGCUGGCAAGAAACCAUUCUCCUGCCGUGAAUGUGGCAAGAGCUUUGCCAGCAGGUCUGGUCUCAGCCGCCAUCUCAACGUCCAUUCUGGGGAGAAACGGUUUUCCUGUCGUGAGUGUGGCAAGAGCUUUGCCAGCAGCUCUAGCCUUAGCCAGCACCGCAACAUCCAUGCUGGGAAGAAACCGUUCUCCUGCUGUGAAUGUGGCAAGAGCUUUGCCAGCAGCUCUGGUCUUACAGAGCAUCUCAACAUCCAUGCUGGCAAGAAACCGUUCUCCUGUCGUGAGUGUAGCCAGAGUUUUGCCAGCAGGUCUGGUCUCAGCCGCCAUCUCAACAUCCAUUCUGGGGAGAAACGGUUUCCCUGUCGUGAGUGUGGCAAGAGCUUUGCCAGCAACUCUGGUCUUAUGGAGCAUCUCAACAUCCAUGCUGGGAAGAAACCGUUUUCCUGCCAUGAAUGUGGCAAGAGCUUUGCCAGCAGGUCUGGUCUCAGUCGCCAUCUCAACAUCCAUUCUGGGGAGAAACGGUUUUCCUGUCGUGAGUGUGGCAAGAGCUUUGUCAGCAGCUCUGGCCUUAACCAGCACCGCAACACCCAUGCUGAGGAGAAACAGUUCCCCUGCCGUGAGUGUGGCAAGAGCUUCACCACCAGCACUGCUCUAAUCCAGCACUGGCAUGUCCACACCGGGGAGAAGCCUCACAGCUGCAGUGUCUGUGGCAAGAGAUUCACAACCCGCUUUAAUCUCCUGGAGCACUUGAACCUCCACGCAGGGGCGAAGCCAUACACCUGUAGUGUCUGUGGCAAGAGCUUUACCCACAGGUCAACUCUCAUGCAGCACCGAUGGAUCCACAGUGAGGUGAAGCCGUACAGCUGCAGUGACUGCGGCAAGGGUUUCCUGUACAAGGUCCAACUGACCAAGCACGAACGGCACUGCAGCCACCAGGAGAUGAAGAGCUCCAGCAAACCUCCCAGGGGUCCUCUCAGCCAGGGCCAUGAGCAGGAGGAUCAGGAAGGGGAGAAAGAGCAGCAGGAGGAAGGUGAAGCUAAAGCUGUCGUGGACCCCUCUGUGCCAGACGAGCAGUGCCCCAUGGAGCAGCAGGGAGGCGCCCAGCCAGGCACCAAGCUGCAGUUGGGCUGCAGUGAGAGUGGCAACUGCUUUGCCAGCAGCUCUGCCCUCAGCCAGCUCCAGCAACUCCAGCCUAGGAAGAAGUUCCCCUGCAGUGACUGCGGCAAGAGCUUUAGCAGCAAAAUGGCUCUGAGAUUUCACCGCAACAUGCACGCUGGGGAGAAGCCUUACAGCUGUGACAAGUGUGGCAAGAGCUAUGCCAGCAGCUCUACUCUCAGACUGCACCGCCAAAACCAUGCUGUGAAUAAGAAGUUCCCCUGUGACAAGUGUGGCAAGAGCUUCGCUGUCAGUUCCUACCUUCUCCGUCACCGCCUUACCCACACCGGGGAGAAGCCGUACAGCUGCGAUGUCUGCGGCAAGAGCUUUGUCCACAUCUCUGCUCUCAACUGUCACCGUCUCCUCCACACCGGGGAGAAGCCGUACAGCUGCGGUGACUGCGGCAAGAGCUUUAUCCACAUCUCUGCUCUCAACCGUCACCGUCUCCUCCACACCGGGGUGAGGCCGUACAGCUGUGGUGAGUGCGGCAAGAGCUUUGUCCACAUCUCUGCUCUCAAGCGUCACCGUCUCCUCCACACCGGGGUGAGGCCGUACAGCUGUGAUGACUGCGGCAAGGGCUUCAGGAGCACCACUGACCUCAAAAUGCACCAUUGCACUCACACCAGGGAGAAGCCUUCCACUGCGGUGAAUGUGGCAAGAGCUUCACCACCAAUGACAGGCUGAUCACUCACCGCUUGAGCCACGCCAGGGGGAUGCCAUAGAUCUGCAGUGACUGUGGCAAGAGCUUUCUCUACAGGCACGCUCUCACUCGUCACCGCUUCAUCCACACCAGGCUGGACCCAUUCAGCUGCACUGAG